UCCGGCUUUGCGACAGGUUUGCGAGACUUCAUCUUGUCAUCGACGCUCGCAGCACUCGUUUCCGAAGCACUUUUCGGCCCAGCACCAGUCGCCCAGCAUGUCUUCUCUAUGGAAUGCAUUCACCGGAGGCAACAAGCCUGCCCAGCAGCAGCCGCAGCAACACCAGCCCUUCACUCCCGAUGCUGCCCCUCCCACCACCAACCUCUACGACCCAACCCAAGGCGCGGGCGUUGAGUCCUUCUUGCAGAGCUCGGCCUUUGCGGAUCCUUCACAACUACACCCCCUCGCCGGAUUGAACAGAGACACGCUGGAAUACCUCUCCCUCGAAGACUCAACACUGUCCGACCUGCCGGGUGGCCAAUCCGUCCUCCCCUCUCGAGGAUUCACCGACGACCUUUGCUACGGCACCGGCAUCACCUACCUGACGGCACUGUCGAUAGGAGGUGCAUGGGGAUUCCAAGAAGGCCUGCGAAGGUCUGCCGGCCAGCCCCCCAAGCUGCGACUCAAUGCCGUCCUCAAUGCCAUGACAAGGCGGGGUCCAUUCCUGGGCAACAACGCCGGUGUUGUCGCCAUCACAUACAACUGCAUCAACUCGCUGAUUGGGUUCCUACGCGGUGAGCACGAUGCUUUCAACACAAUCGCUGCUGGUGGACUCAGCGGUAUGGUUUUCAAGAGCACCAGGGGUGUUCGACCAAUGAUGAUUUCCGGCGGUCUAGUGGCCUCCCUGGCCGGUGUCUGGGCGAUUGCACGACAGUCAUUCUUCCCCGUCCCUGAGCGACAUGCCGAGCACGCCGCAUUGUAAUAAUAUCACCGAAACAGACAUUGUAACGAAUAGCACACAAGAGAAGAAUUACUCUUCAAACGACAUACGACCACUAUUUAAUCUACAUCAUAAAAGAUGGCGGCUCAAAGGAGGAAAACAACAAAAAGUCUUCUAAUAGCUGGGAAUGGCAAUUGGUAGGAGGGGGCAUGGAGACCUGAAAAGGAACUAGGACAGAGGGGAAAGAAAUCAAGGGGAUGCCUCCUCCAGCCUGGGUGCCAGACGUGUCGAGAGGAGUUUGGACUGAAAAAAAAAAAGGAAAACACCUAUAUGGUGAUGAUAGAUGAUCUCUCCUCCCCAACGUGAACUGUACAUUAUAUCGGGUAACCGGUCAGCGAAGCAUUUAGACCAUAUAGGGCUGGGGGCGUCUGGUCAUCAAUUUCAAAGUUUGUAUUCAAGGAAAAAAAACAAGAGAAAAAAUUGAAUUUAACAUUGAUCGGGUGGAAGUGAAUUUCGAUGCAGUUUGCACAAGAGAUUAAUUUGGGACGAAAAGCUGUGAUUGUUGUUUGGUGGAGCUUCGCUGUGAAUUGAGCAGAUGGAAUACAAGAUUUCAUGGGAUGAAUUGAGAUUGGAGGCAUGGCCGAAGAGAUGCAAAAGCCUUGGGUG